AUGAGGUUGGAAGAAAUGAAAAGAUUGCAGAAUCCUUUAAAACAAGUUAAUGCAAUGAUGGAAAAUAAUGAUGGAAAAAAUUUACUUGAAAAUCACCAACUGGCCAUGGAUGUGGAAAAUAACAUUGAAAAAUGUCACCUCAAUCUACAGCCCUUGGAAUCGAAGGUGAAAAUCAUUCAGCGUGCGUGGCGCAAGCACCUGCAGCGGCGGGACCCGCUGGAGAAGAGGAGCCCGUCCCCGCCGUCCGUGUCCUCAGACAAGCUGAGCAGCUCCGUCAGCAUGAACACCUUCUCGGACAGCAGCACGCCCGUGAGUGCCCGCUUCCUUUUCAUGGCCUGCCUGGCCCACUGCCGGGCACCGGGGCUCUGGAAAGUGACUCUGCUCCACUUUGACCAGCCUGCCAGACCCACAGGGUUGAUAGAUACUCUCAGGAAUCCCCAGACAGGAAGACUUGGUUUUACCUCUCUCUGA